GCCUGUUCCUCCGACCUUUGCGGGGGGCCCCGCUCAGCGGCCUGGAUCUCUGCGCUGGUGCUGGACUCCGAGCGAGCAUGACUGACCGGCUGAUGAGCAAAGCGGCCACCAUGGAGAUCCCCAUCCAUGGCAACGGUGACUCCAGGCGCCUCGCGGAGGACGACGGGCUGGAGCAGGACCUGCAGCAAGUGAUGGUCUCGGGGCCCAACCUGAACGAGACCAGCAUCGUGUCUGGGGGCUAUGGGGGCACGGCGGAGGGCAUCAUCCCGACCAGCUCCAUCCAAGGACCACUCAUCAUCACCCCCAGUCCGUCCGCUGCCAGCCGGAUAGCCAGGCAGGCUGCCGCCGCCGCCUCCUCCUCAGAAAUCAUUCCCAAAGUGGAAGAAAAUGGCCAGUACGACGCCUACCGCACCGACCUGGAGGAGCUCAACCUGGGCCCGCGGGACGCCGGCACGCUCUGCCGCUUGGAUGCCGCGCAGGCCAACUUCCAGGCCCACCGCAUCAAGUACGAGAAGCUGCGCGCCGAUGUGGCCGUGAAGCUGAAGUUCCUGGAGGAGAACAAGGUGAAGGUGAUGCACAAGCAGCUGCUGCUCUUCCACAACGCCAUCUCAGCCUACUUUGCCGGCAACCAGCAGCAGCUGGAGCAGAGCUUGAAGCAGUUCAGCGUCAAGCUGAAGAGCCCCGGAGCAGACAAGCCGUCCUGGCUAGAGGAGCAGUGAGCCCCUCUCCCUCCCUCCUUCCCUCCCUCCGCGGACUUGAACUCUGAUCUGGGGAAGACUCCCACUCGCAGGACCUCCGACUCCACCUUCUAGAGGAGGGUUGGACUCGAACUCCUCCCUCUCCCCCAGGCUCAGUAGCAGGAGCACUGCCUCCCCCUCCUCCUCCUCCU